GCUCAAAGUAGAUGCAGACGCAUAAAUCGGACGCUUAGUAGAGACGCUAGAACGCGUUAGAAUGAUCUGGUAUACAAGUUAGCCUGAUAUUUCUCAUGUAGCUUUUGUAGGAAACUUCAAGCACGGGGGACUAUAAUGGCAGAAAAGGUGUCCAAUGCAGCCCGAGUCCAGAGACAGGAUACCGGAGUGGUGACAAGUUCAACGAAAAAACCACUUCUGAAUUUAUUUCCGCAACGGUCCGACUGUAAAUAUACACCCAGCUACUGUGAAGAAAAUGUGUGGCAUUUAUGUCAUGCUGUAAGUAAUCACCAUCCUAAGGAACUCCAGCACUGUUAUGUAGUAUUUGUGUCGAACGACCACCGUACUGUCCCAUUAUGGAGGCAGAAAGCCGGGCAUGAAGAAGAAAAACUUGUCAUAUGGGAUUAUCAUGUACUCUUCCUGUACACUCCAGAUGACCGUUGUUUGGUAUAUGAUUUAGAUUCGGAGUUACCAUUUCCGACUUACUUCCACAAAUAUGUUACAGAAACAUUCCGCACAGAUCAUAUUCUCAAGCCUGACUACUUCAGGUAUUUUCGUGUUGUGCCAGCACCAGUAUUUUUGCAACACUUUGCAUCAGACAGAAGACACAUGAAACGUUUGGAUGGUGCUUGGUUGAAGGCUCCACCUGACUAUCCCCCUAUCACAACUCCUUCUUGUUCUCACAAUCUUGAAGAAUUUAUUAAUAUGGAUCCAACAAAGGGUCAUGGAGAAGUCAUGAAUCUUACACAACUUGUUCGCAAGUUCUAUCAACAGACAUAGACUUAUGCUACAACCUCCAGAUUUGUAAUAAAUUCUGAAAGAUGAUUUCUUGCAUGUAAUUCCAAGUCACAUAUGUAUCAGAAAUCACUGCGAAAUACUGUAAAUUUUAAGCUUGUACCAGGUGCAUAUAGUUGAUUAUUACAACUCUAACCUGUCCAUUUACAAAGGUAAUGAGGACAUAUCGAUAAGUGCCCAGAAUCAAACUCAAAACAGUUUUUAUCAGAAUUUUGUUGUUGCAGUAAAAAAUCUUUUGUCCAUAAAUAGCUUUGUCCAUCAUAACCACAACCACAUCAUAUAACUGAAAAAUACGAGAGGCAGCAGUUGGUGUUUUGUAGUUGUACAUAGUCUAUAGAUUUUGUUAUGAACAAGUGUUAGUGUAUCUGUAAUGUAAAUUUAUAGUGAGCUUCUCUUUCUAUCUUUAUUUAUAAUUUUGAGUGUUACUAGCAUUUAAUAUUUUUCUCUUCAUCUAAUAUAUUUACUAACAAAUUUUGUGAAGUUGUACUGAAAGGAGAAGGUAUAGCUUUCAAAGAAUAAGUAAAGGUUGCUACAAAACUGUGUAUUAUGUUUUGGUGUUAUGUUUCAGCAGUUUUGAGGUGAGAUUGACUUUACUUACUCUGCUUUGUGGUUGUCAUUCAGAGUAAACUUAGAUAUUUUGUGAUCAUUAGUCAUUUUGUAGUUCCUAUGUAAAAGUGUAAUUGCAAAUAACCUUUUAUUGUCCUUGGUAACAUUGCAUCAAUUAGAGAAGUAAGCUCCAAUUUGUGGUAGACAAACCUUAUCUAAUCUUGCGAUGUAUUAAUUCCAUGGAAACAUCUUAAUUGCUAAAAACAUUAUUUAUGACACAUUUCGGGUAGUCAUCAUCAGACAAAAUAUGCUUAAGAAAGCUCAUACAAGUGAUCAGUACAAGAAAAACAUACAAUCUCUGUGCAAUUGCCAUUUGACGUAUUUGCAAAAGAUGUUGUGUCUCCAUAUAACAUCUUUUGCAAAUACGCCUAACAGCAAUUGUACACGAGAUUGUACAAUUUUCGUGUAUUGCUCAGUUGCUUGAACUUUCCUAAACAUAUGUUAUCUGAUGAUGAUUACUCGACCACUUAAUAAAUAAAGUUUUUAGCGAUCAAGACAUUUUCAUGGAAUUAAUACACAUCAAGUCCAGAUGGUUGCAUAUCUUACAAAUUGAAGACCUUACCUACUCUUUGGAAAAUUGGAAUGUGGGAAGAUGGUAAAAUGAUUCGUGAAGUGUGACAAAAUUCUUUUGGCUGCAAAAGGUGGUUUGCUAUAUCUCUUGAAAUUUUUCUGUAACUAACUUUUGUAUUAAUUUUUAGGGUUUUACAUAUACUUGAUGUGUUAGUUAACAGUUCUGAUAAAGAAUGGCAGUGAUCCACGUAAAAUACCUUUAACUAGUAAUUGGUCGCUUUCUUCUGGCGUUAUAGAGAAGUUGCUGUAAAUAUUGUAAUUUUCUUUCACUAACUAACCUUUCCUCUAAUUUUCUGAUUUUUAACUUCCAGUUGAUACGUUAGUUAAAACAUAAUGGCAUAGUAUAGGGGAAGUGAGUCAUUAGUCCAUUUUGUUGAUAAACAGAUGGCAAGAGGUUCAGUGAGUAAUAACAUUACACCAUUUUGUUGAAGGACAAAUGGCAUGUAAUACUCCAUUAGGCACUAAAUGCCUUUUGGACUUGUAGGGUAGUUUGCUAUAUGUAUGUUACUCUUCUUUCACUAACCAAUCUUUCUUCUAAUUUUAUGAUUUUUCUUUUUUAGUUGAUAUGUUAACUAACAGAUAAUGAUAUAGUACAGGGGAAGUGAGUCAUAAGCCCAUCUUGUUGCUCAAUAGAUGGCAAAAGGAGUAAAGAGCAAUAAUAUUACAUCAUUUUGUUGAUGGAGAAAUGCCAUGUAAUAUCCCUUUAGGCAAUAAAUGCCUCCUGGUCUUAUAGGGUAGUGUGGCUGUAUGUGUUGUAUUUGUCUUUCACUUUUCCGCCUUUCGCUUUUAUUUAAUAUCUUAGUAGACACAUUCUGACAAAGUAUAAGGAAAGUGAGCUGUAAGACCAAAUUUUGUGAUAUCCCUGCUUAUAUGUGUAACAAACUUAUUUGUUUGGUGAUAUGUUUCGCAGUUACUAUGUAUUAAGAUUUCCCUUUAAUAUUGCGCUGUUUAAUGUUGCUGCCCUGCACUGAUGGUAACCAUUAGAAACUUAUUUUAAUUUUCUAGUUUCACAAUAAUUUUUAUCAUUGUGAUCUGUGGUUACUUGUCCAUAAGCAGUUUUCUUAAAGACUACUCAUUAGUUGUUUUGUCAAUGUCAAAUGGCAAUCCCUGAAAGUUGUUUCCUUCUUCAAAAUUAACCAAUCGAAGGACUGCAUAAAAGUAUUGAAUUACAGUGCAGUUAAAUGCCAGACAUUUCAGUAUAAAUGUGUUAUUGUAUUGAAACAUGCAGCAGUGGAAAUGAAUGUUUACGUUAACAGCAGUUAUGAAAGUCCUUCUAUGCAGGAUAGCUGUGUGUUGGAAUUAAAAGAGAAAAAGAGAGUGGAGCUGUAGGACCUGGUUGGUGUUGUGGUUAUGGUGGUGGCCUGGGAUAAAUGACCUGCUGUUAUGAAAGAGAUUACCUAUUUCUCUGCUACCUCCCUUCUUCUUCUUCUUCUUCUUCUCUCUCUCUCUCUCUCUCUCUCUCUCUCAUUUUUUUUUUCUUUUUUAAAUACCUACUGUACUUCUGAUUUGUUGAGAUUUAUUGAGAUUUAUUCAAAGGUAAUUUUAGUUUCUUCUUGUGUUUACGUUGCACAUGACAUUGUGUGAAAUAAAUUGACAAUAUUUGUAGUCUAGUUUAAUGUGUUGUUCUUUAAUUGUUAAAUUAUUUUUAAUGUUAUCAAUGUUUAUGAAAGAAGCAGUAAAAUUACAUUAGUCUAACAGUCUUUUAUUUUCGGUAAAAAGGUGGAAAAGGAAAAGGUAAUCUGUAUAGGAGUUUCAUUUUUAAGUGUUUUGAGUUUGAUCAGUGGUAUUGAGGACAUUGUAAUUCUCCUAAGGAACGCGUACUUUUUCUAAAAAAGAAAAUAAAACAUUACCCCACUUAGCUUGCUUAUCAAUAAAAUCAUACUUUCCACCUUAUAUUGGUGUGCUUUUUUGUGAUCAGUCUUUUUUUUAACUAAGACACAUUUUUGUGAUUUGUACAAAACUUCUUAAAACUUAUAUACAGUAUUUUGAAAUUACAUUUUAUACAAAGUUUUAAACAUCUUACUAUAAAAAUAUGUAAUCCAUACAGUUUUUGAAACCUCAGAAUUUGUUAUUGUUUAAUAAUGGUUUCAAUAUUUUUUCCAUGUAUAAGUAAAUGUAAGGAUCAAUAAACUAAAAUUAUAAGGGAUUGCACUAUCCUUAUAGCACUUUCUGACAUACCAUGCUUACUUUGUGGUUCCUCUAUGUGUGGUUAGUUAAGAAUAUGUUGUAAAUAUCCCACUAUUGCUUUCAGAAGAUAGACCUUGAAGAAACUUAAUAUGAUACACUUGUAUACUGAUUGGUGUUUGGAACACAAUUUGUUUAAUACAUAUGUUCAUAAAUUGUUGUCUGCAGUAAAAUUGACUGUUGUAUCUUGAAGUAAAAUACAUAUAUACUACAUAUUCUGAACCACACGAAUAUUGCUCUGAAGUUGCCGGCAGCUACAUUCAUUUUGCAAAUGCCAAAUGCUAAUUUUUGCAAUUAGCAAAGAAAUAAACACAUCCAACAGGUUACCUUGAUAGACAAUAAAAUUCAGAAUAAGACAGUAGCUGUCAUAAAUAUUGACUAGUUGAAUGGGCAGAAAAUAAAGUUUUAAUCAUGAAAGUUUGAACAGUAAAAAGAAAUAUGUUGUGCUUAAUUCGAUUGUCUUCCUGUUGAAGAUAGCUUGCUCAAAUGUUCAGGCCUGACAGCGAUGGCCAUGUUCUUAGUAAUAAGUUACAUGCAAAGUUUGGCAUAUAUGUAUGUAGCUUAUUGCAAGGCAUUGCUUUUCAAAACAUCACUUUUAGACAAUAUUAGAAAAAUAAGUAUCCACGGUAAUGUAGUUGAAAUAAAUGGCACACUCCAAAGAACAAGUUGAAGUACCAUGUUCCUUAUUUGUGCCUAUAUUCAACGCGAUGCCUCUACCAUAUAGUGAGUGGUUAUUUUCACUCAUUCUCUUCUUCAUAUUUUACUCAACCUUUUCUAAUAUUGUAUCAUUCAUUGUAACUUCUGUGUGUAAUUGAAUUAAACAGUUCACGUAAUUUGUCACUUAAUGCCUAUAUACUGUGUAAAGAACAGUGCAUGUAUAUUAAACUUCACUGCUGUUUCACACUUAAUUAGUAGUAUGAUUCAUACAAUAAUUACAGUUGAUACAUGAGAUUUUUAAAAGGCUUGAAAAAUAAUUUGAAUACCUCAGGUGAAGGAAAGGCCAUAACAAACAGAAAUAGUGACAAAAAAAAGUAUCUAAGAAACCUCUACCUUGAGUGUUACAUUCUCAGUUCCAAACUUGCAUCUGCUAAGUGAACUGUGAUUUGUUUGUUCAUUCUUUUUUGAAAUGAUAUGUCAAGAUCAUGUUAUCGAAGGCCAGUGUAAAUUCAGUUUUUUUUCCCCCCGAACUCUGAAAUCCCACAUUAUGCAAUCAUAAGAACACGUAAUAUACUAGAAUUAUUGUGAAGAUAAUUUCCCAGCAUUAUUUCCAGAAAAUGACAACAUGUGCCUAAAUGACUGAUGUAACAAAUGGACUUGCAUUUUCUGUAAAUCUUACUUAGUAACCUACUACAUUUUUAUAAAUCUUUCUUACCAAAUUUUUUAUGAGAAAGGACAAAGUAGAUAUCAUUCCUCAAAAUGCCCCCUGCACUUAUCUAACGGAAGGAA